CCCACUCCCUACCCUUCUAAUAAACCCUGCUUGAAGUCCACGAAAUCAGAUUUUGAAAAACCACCAUCUCUGAUUUUUUGGGAGCCAUUUUUUCGCACUAAAAACUGGAAACAUUUGGCGACUUUGAAAGAGAAACGUCUCUGCCAUCUUCGUCGUCCGUUGUCGAUCACCGGCAGCUACCGAUCGGAGUUUGUGAUUCACCGUGGUUGCUUUCAAAAUGGCUUCGAAUAUCCAAGGACUUGAGUCAGGUACCAGCGAUACGAGUCGUUCCCAGGCAAAUAAAACCCAACAGACUCGCCGAUCAUGGUCUACGAAGGAAGAGCUUGUGUUGUUGUCUGCUUUGAAGGAAUUAGUAGCACAAGGAUGGAAGUCGGACAAUGGGUUCCGGGCUAGGUUUCUCGGUAAACUUGAGGAUGCCUUGAAGAAGGAGUUUCCGGGCACCGAUCUGAAAGCUACACCACAUAUCAAUUCAAAGAUUGGAUCUUGGAAAAAAUUCUACAAUUCGUUGGUUUCCAUGUUAGACAAAAGUGGGAUAGGCAAUUUAAAUGGGGAUUAUAUGAUCGAUUGUAGCAACGAUCAGUGGGAGCAUAUCGUUAAUUGCGAUCCGGGGGCGCGCGGGAUGCGUAAGAAGAGCUGGCCUCUCUUUGAGGAUUGGAAAGAGAUAUUUGGCAAAGAUCGCGCGAAUGGAAAAACGGCACAGGACUUGAUGGACGCCAUCAACGACAUGACAUCUCGUGACAAUCUUGCACGGGAUGCAAUUUCUAAAGAGAACGGACAAAAUGUACAAGUCGAAAAUGAGAUUGACAUUGAUGUUGCCGAGAAUAGUGUAUGUCAAAGUGAAAAUGUUAGUGAAAGGCCACGGUCAUCGCGUAAGAAGCGCAAACAAGAUGAAUAUAUAGACAGAUUGUAUGAUGUGCUCGUUCAGCUUGGGCAAAACACGGACAAGCGGCUUGAACAUAUCGGUACUAGGACUGAAUACGAGUUUGAUCUUAGCAAGGCCCGUACCGAAGUCUAUGAAACAUUAAGCGCGAUCCCUAGACUUUCAAAGAGGGAUAAAUUCGAAGUAUGCGAGAGAUUGACUGACAAAGUGGAGAGACUCGAGCUGUUUAUGGGUUUCCCAAAAGAAGCUAGAAUGGACUAUUUGCUUUAUGUUCUCGACACUCGCGGGCACUAGAAUCUGACUGCCGGAAGAUUAUUUCAUCGUUUUUUUCUUAUUUAGGAUCUGGAAUGCAUCUAGGCAUUAUGUCAUCAUCUAGUUUUUUUAGACACUCAUGAGCUUUUAAUUAUUUGUUGAACUGUUGCAUAUUUC